AGUGCUAAGAUGUUUAACCAUCUAUAUUCAUGAUCAUGGCUAUGUAUCACCCAAUGGCAGCAAAUACUGUAGUAAAUGGUCUCCACGCCACCAGUUUCCGGCCACUCAUCAAGAGUUCUCAGCCAACUUUCAGAAGCCCCUCAAUUGCUUUGUAUGCCAAUGCAAGUAGCUUCAAGAUUAAUAAUAGUUUGGGCUCCAAAGGGCUGAUGGACUAUGAUGAAGAUGGUGGUCCACCACGGUGGUUUUCGCCUUUGCAGUGUGGUCGCAGGUCGACAAGCUCCCCUCUAUUGCUCUUCUUACCAGGGAUCGAUGGCAACGGACUUGGUCUAACAUUGCACCAUGAAAAACUUGGACAGAUUUUCGAUAUUUGGUGCUUGCAUGUUCCUGUAGCAGAUCGAACGCCACUGGCUGACCUAGUGGUGCUAGUUCAGAAUACGGUUAGGGACGAGCAAGAUCAAUCAGCAAAAAGGCCAAUAUAUCUAGUUGGAGAGUCCCUUGGAGCAUCUCUUGCACUUCUUGUUGCUGCACAAAAUCCCGAUAUUGAUUUUGUUCUAAUCCUGGCAAAUCCAGCUACAAAUCUAAGCAAAUGCUUGGUGCAGAGUGUUUUGCCUUUGUCGAAUAUGAUCCAUAACCAACUCAAUGCUGGAUUUCCCAACUGGAUGAGCUCAAUACCAGCAGAAACGGUUAUGUGGAAGCUGAAGAUGAUUCAGGAGAUGCACACAUAUUUGAGUUCGCAUCUUCAUGAUGUCAAAGCUCAGACAAUGAUACUUACAAGUGGGAGGGAUAUGCUCCCGACAAGCAUAACAGAAGGUGAAAGACUUAGCAGCAUGCUGCCAAAUACUCAGACCCAUUCGUUUAUUGGCAACGAUGAUCCUCUAUUCGCGGAUCAUAAGUUUGAUUUAGUAGCAGCAAUAAAGUGUGCCGGUUGUUACCGUCGUGGAGCAUCCGCAGAUUAUGUGGCAGAUUUCUUGCCACCAAGCCCUUCUGAACUGGAGUCAGCUUGUGAACCAUUUAGAUGGAUGGAUGUGGCCGUGGAUCCCGUUAUGCUGUCAACUGUGAGUGGAAAGGUAGUUCAAGGGCUAGCAGGAAUUCCUUCAGAAGGACCCGUGUUAUUGGUUAGCAACCAUAUGAUUCUUGGGUUGGACCUUGUCCCGAUUCUGUCCAGGUUCUGGAUUAAAGAGAACAUCAAACUCCGCACGAUUGCUCACCCAUUAUUCUUCGAAAAAACAAAGGAUGGAAAAAUACAAGACCAUCCACUGUUUGAUGUGGUCAGGAUGACUGGUGGAGUUCCAGUUUCAGCAAAUAAUCUCUACAGACUUUUUUCGUUGAAGUCUCAUGUUCUGCUGUACCCGGGAGGAGCGAGGGAAGCACUCCAUCGUAAGGGUGAGGAACACAAAUUGAUUUGGCCAGACGAACCAGAGUUUGUCCGCAUGGCGGCUAGAUUUGGGGCGAAAAUUGUGCCUUUUGGUAGUGUUGGGGAGGAUGAUGUUCUUCAACUGUUAUUAGACUGUGAUGAUCAGAUGAAGAUUCCACCUCUCAAGGCCCUAAUAGAAGAACUAACUAAAGAGACUGCCAGGUUGAGGAGUAAUGCAGAAGGAGAGAUUGGGAAGCAAUUUCUGUACUGUCCCGUUGCUCUACCGAAAUUGCCUGGCCGAUUUUAUUUCUUGUUCGGGGAGCCAAUCUCCACAGAAGGAAGGAAGGAUGUAUUGACAAACAAAGACAAAGCAAGACAAGUGUAUUUAGAGGUAAAGAGAGAGACAGAGAAAUGCAUAGAGUAUUUGAAGGACAAAAGAGAAAAGGAUCCAUAUAGGAAUCUUUUAGUUCGUCUGGCUUAUCAGAGCUACCAUGGCUUCGAUUCCCCAGUCCCAACUUUUGAAGUUUGAUCAAACUUCUAGAGACACUUCUAAGCUUCAUCACUGCAUUGGCUUUCCAUGUUAUAUCCUCAUUUUGCACUGAUCGGUGUUUUAUUAGGACAGAUAUUUUUGCAUUGAUUGCUAUAGUUGCACAUAAAGUUCACAUAGUCCUUUUUAAUAAGGGUUCUUUUUUCGAAACAUUUUUUUGGUAUACGAAAUGUUCUUUAU